GACCAUCUCUCCAAGCCCUGGUAAGGAUGAACGCCCCCGAUGAGGGACAAGGAUGCAGCCACAUCAGAAUUCAGUACUCAUCCUCAUUUCGUUCCUCUUCUUCAACAGCGUCCUUGGACGCGUCUUAUCAGGUUCCUCGGCAAAGAUGGAAAGGUCUACACGGGCGAACCUCAGGCCCCGCUUGCUUGGUCCAAGGCCACAGCAGAUCUUAAGCCCUCUGCAGGAGAGCAGACGGAUUUGACCGCAAAGCUCAUUACGGGCGAUAUCUUUUCCCAAUCCAGCACCACUGUGACCGAUAAGGUCAUUCCUGUCGCCCGAUUGCUCUCCCCUCUCGCACACGUCCCAGUGUUUCGAUGCAUUGGCCUCAAUUAUGCGAAGCAUGCGGAGGAGACAAAGAUGCCUAUUCCCAAGUGCCCAAUCCUGUUCAUGAAACCAUCCUCGGCGCUUCAGGAUCCAUUCAAGCCAGUGGUGAUUCCCAGCAUUGCCGAAAACAACCAAGCUGAUUAUGAGUGUGAGCUGGCAGUGGUUAUCGGCAAGCCCUGCAAGGACGUCAAGGAAGCGGAAGCCCUGGAUUAUGUGCUUGGGUACACUAUCGGCAACGACAUCAGCACACGGAAGUGGCAAGGGAGCAACCUUGGAUCGGGUCAAUGGUGCUUCAGCAAAUCGUUUGAUACGUUUGCACCCUUGGGACCAUCCUUGGUUUCUACAGAGUUGAUCAAGGAUCCAAACCAGCUCCGGAUCAAGACCACCCUGAACGGCAAGGUGAUGCAGGACUCAAACACAUCGGAUAUGAUCUUCAAUGUUCCGCGUCUGAUUUCAUUCCUGAGUCAGUCGACGACUCUGAUGCCUGGCGAUGUUAUUCUCACAGGAACCCCUGAGGGUGUUGGAUUCAAGAGGGAUCCACCAGUGUUCCUACAGCAUGGCGAUCAUGUCAUCUGCGAGAUUGAGAGCAUCGGGGAGCUGCACAAUACGGUCGCUUAUGAGAGCAAGUUCUCACCCUAAUCAUCACACAAUCGAUUCUGUACAUAAAUGGCGGUUUUAUUCACAGUAUACAUAAACAAUGCAGAAUAAACUGAAAAAGGAAGCACCAACAAAAAUACAGAAA